UUGAUGUUUUCUCGGCUGGAGGAAGUGACAGAAGCCUCUCUGACAAAACCCACCCUUCCAGAAGCCACAGCUCCAGGAGACAUCAUCAUUGGAGGGCUUUUUCCCAUCCAUGAGGCGGUGAAGGACUACACAAACAUAUACAGCAUCUCGCCACCCCAGCGCUUUAACUGCAGUGUGUGAGUGCUCACUGUACAGGAUUCAGCCACAAAGCUCUAAAAAAUAGAGAUUUGGCUUUCAGAUUUUUAUCAGAUAUUAUAGUUGGUUACUUAGAAUCCACAUCUUGAUUUAUAUUUUAUUUUGAAAGCCCAGGUUUGAGCAUAGGAAGGUUUGACUUCAAUGAUUUCACUGUUUGCCCUUUUCUCUGAUUUCAAGUCAUUGCCGUAUUGUAUUGUAAAAUCUGAAGGGUCUCGGUCGAGUCACCCCUGCACAAUUUUGUUUCUCUUUAGAUUUUAUACAAGAGGUCUAACUCAGGCCUUAGCUAUGAUUCAUGCUGUGGAAGUGGCCAACAGAUCCCCUAUGCUGAGUGAUUUGAACAUUACUCUAGGAUACCACAUUCAAGACACAUGUUCUGAUGUUACCACUACACUUCGGGCCAUCCGGGAUUUUACACAGUCAUCCUCAACCUGUGAUGUAGCGACAAACUCUUCUCAAGGUGACAAACCCAGCAUGGCUAUAAUUGAGGCCUCUUCCUCUGAAAUCUCCAUUGCAAUUGCCAGAGAACUUAACCUUCUACUAAUUCCACAGAUAAGUUUCGCAUCUACAGCCAUCAUUCUGAGUGACAAAAUUCGUUUUCCUGCUUUCAUGAGGACUGUCCCCAAUGACGAGCACCAAACAAGAGCCAUGGUCAAACUGUUGAAGGACAGGAGUUGGAACUGGGUUGGAAUUAUUAUUACAGACGGAGACUACGGGCGUUCUGCAAUGGAAAGCUUUGUUACACAGGCCACACAGGAGGGAAUUUGCGUUGCCUUCAAGCAAAUCAUACCCGACUCGCUUUCAGAUGAACAAAAACGUACCGCCUCGAUCAACCAGACGGUGAACACCAUUAUCAAUAACCCUAAAGUUAAAGUGGUGGUCUCUUUUGCUAAAUCUGUUCAAAUGACAGCCUUAUUUAAGGGUUUGUAUGGUAAAGUUUCUGGUAGAAGGGUGUGGGUGGCCAGUGAUAAUUGGUCGACGGCUACAGAUAUUCUCAAAGUGGUGAACCUCACAGAUAUCGGAGAUGUACUUGGCUUUACCUUCAAGAGUGGGAAUGUUACAUCUUUCAAACAGUUCAUUAAGGAUUUACAGUUUGAGAAUGAAGAAAAUAUGAAUUCACUUCUGAAUGAGUUUUUAGGAUAUCUGCAUGUAGGAAAUAUUACAGAGGCGGUUCAGGAACUUUUAGACAAUACUAAUCCGGACAUGGUCUUCAGCAUUCAGCUGGCUGUCGGUGUUGUUGCUAAAGCUGUGUCUGAACUAUGUGGAAAACGCCAAUGCAAUGACCCUACAGAGAUCCAUCCUUGGCAGCUCCUUGCACGCAUGAGAAACGUCACCACUGAGAUGGAGGGGUUGAAUUACAAGUUCAGUACUAGCGGCGACAUGAAUUUAGGAUAUGAUGUCUUAAUAUGGCAAGAAAAUAAAUUGAAUAAAACUGUCAAAAUAGCUGAAUACGAUAUAAUCACUGCCAAUUUUACCUAUAUACACCAAAAUCUAAGUGUUUUUAAGAAUGUGAUAUCGAAAUGUUCAAACAGCUGUCAGCCAGGGGAGUUUAAGAAGACAGCCGAAGGUCAGCACACUUGCUGUUACGAAUGCAUCAAUUGCGCAGAAAACUAUUACUCCAACAACACAGAUAUGGUCCAGUGCUACUCAUGUAAAACAGACGAGUGGUCAGACUCUGGAAGCUCCAAGUGUAACCCCAAGACUUAUGAGUACUUUGAGUGGAAUAGUUGGUUAGCUAUAGUGCUCUUGACCUUGGCUGCUUUGGGCGUCCUCUUCCUCUUCUUGAUCUCUGCGCUCUUCAUCUAUCAGAGAAACUCUCCUGUGGUAAAGGCAGCAGGUGGACCACUCUGUCAUCUGAUCCUUGUUUCCCUACUGGGCAGUUUCGUCAGCGUUGUCUUCUUCGUGGGUGAACCGAGCGACAUGACGUGUAAAGUGAGGCAGGUGGUCUUCGGCCUGAGUUUCACGCUGUGCUUCUCAUGCAUCCUGGUCAAGUCUUUGAAGAUCCUCCUGGCUUUUCAGAUGAACAGGAGGCUUGUGAAAAGGUUUCACAAGCCGUAUGUUAUCAUCUGCGUCUGCACGGGGGUGCAGGUCAUAAUUUGCACCCUUUGGCUCACCUUGAACAGCCCUUAUGAGGACAAGGUGCCUAACCCCAAAAUCAUUCUGAAAAAGUGUAACGAGGGCUCAGACGUUGGAUUUGGGGUCAUGCUGUCAUACAUCAUUUUAUUGGCGCUAGUAUGUUUCACUUUCGCUUACAAAGGCAGGAAACUUCCGGAGAAAUACAACGAAGCAAAGUUCAUUACGUUCGGUAUGCUCAUUUAUCUCAUGGCCUGGGUUAUUUUUAUACCUGUGCACGUUACCACAAGUGGCAAAUACUUACCAGCUGUGGAGAUGGUGGUUAUUCUUAUAUCCAACUAUGGAAUAUUGAGCUGCCACUUCUUGCCAAAAUGUUACAUAAUUAUUUUUAAAAAAGAGCACAAUACCAGAGAUGCAUUUCUGAGGAAUAUUUAUGAAUAUUCGACCAGAAGUGCUGAUAACAUCAUGGGUUUGAGUGAAUCAAUCUACACCAUAUCUAAUCCUCAACUUGUGGCUCCUGAGAAUCCACCUAAUGUUUCUGCACAAGAGAGCAGAAAUAGUGGCUUAUACGAUUAAGUUUAAUGUCAGGAAUUGAAAGAUCAGGGGUUUAAUAUCUGAUUUAAGAUUUUAGCAUAUAAAACAUUGGUGUCUUUA